AUUAGAAAACACUUACUUUAAAUUUUGAAUUAUAAACAGAAAUUUUGCAGCAGUCUCUUGGAUCUGCUUAAUCUAAACCUUGUUCUUCCUUUUGGUGGCACAAAUCGUGUUCAGAAAUUCCUUUCCUUCCAAAUCAUUUUCCCAGAAAAGCUUCCAAUUUUGCCUCAAAAUCAUGAUGAGAAGACACACCCUUUUGACUCAAUCCCCAAAACGAUUGUCCCUCUUCUUUGUUGGUCACAACCACCCAACUGAUCCACACUCCCUUGUAACUCAAUCACCAAAACAAGUCUCCCAAAUCCAUCAUCAUUGGUGUGGUCACCCCAAAACCUUAAAACCCACUUUCACUUUCAACAACUUGCACACUGGUUCCACAGUGGAAGAACCAGUUGAAGUGGAUGAGGUUGAAUUCGAUGUGUGGUUAAAGAUGCAAGAGGAAGCUAGACUCGAUGUCACUGUGGAACCAAUCUUGUCUAGUUACUACCACACUUCCAUUCUCUCUCACAAAUCAUUACCAACCGCGUUGGCCAACCACCUUGCCAUCAAACUCAGCAGUGAAAGCCUUCCAAGUGCCACACUUUCUCAUAUUUUUGUCACAGUUCUGGAAGAUGAUCAAGCCGUCAUGGAUUCUGUUAAGUGUGAUCUGAGGGCAGUGAAGGAGAGAGACCCUGCAUGCAUAUCUCACGUGCACUGCUUCUUGAACUUCAAAGGCUUUCUUUCAUGUCAGGCUCAUAGGGUGGCUCACAAUUUGUGGCUUCAGGGGAGAAGGAUUCUAGCUGUCAUGAUCCAGAAUCGUGUUUCUGAAGUUUUUGGGGUGGAUAUUCAUCCUGGGGCUAAAAUUGGAAGUGGGAUUUUGCUGGAUCAUGCAACUGGGAUUGUGGUGGGAGAAACGGCUGUGAUAGGGAACAAUGUGUCAAUUUUGCAUAGUGUGACUUUGGGAGGGACUGGUAAGGUUUCGGGGGAUAGGCAUCCUAAGAUUGGUGAUGGGGUGCUCAUAGGUGCAGGAACUUGUAUCUUGGGAAAUAUUAGGGUUGGUGAGGGGGCUAAGAUUGGUGCUGGCUCUGUGGUCAUCAAGGAUGUGCCUCCAAGGACUACUGUUGUCGGGAACCCGGCUAAGCUGGUUGGAGGGAAGAACAACCCUGUUAAGUUGGAUAAGAUUCCUAGCUUCACCAUGGACCAUACUUCAAAUAUUUCUGAAUUUUAUGAUUAUUGUGUUUAGGCUCUAGAGUGUAAUAUAAUGUAAUCCUCAGGCAUGUAUGUUUUUGAAUUGUGUUUAGAAUUAUAGGUGAAAUGAUUUUAAUUGGGGUUGUUCUUGUUUAUUACUUUUUAGUGGCAAUACUGAGAUCAGAAUCUAGAACCUCAGGUGUAUUACUCAAAUUUCUUACCACUAAGUCCUCCCUAGUGGUUAGUGAAGCUGUUCCAGUUGGUUAAAAGAGAAUUCAUGUUGCCCUGCUAACAAUAAUAAAAAUGAAAAUAAUAGUGACAGAACUCCUUGAUUACUGUUUUAGGUAUGCACAACAGCUGUAUCUAUGCAUGUAUGAGUGUGUUGUUGAAAGGUGCUAUAUAUGAAUUUGGCUUUUAUUGCUUUCA